UUGGACACGAGCCAUUGAGGGAGACGCACCUUCCUGUGACAAUGAAUUCACGGCCCAUAUUUUGAAUAAACAAGCCUCUUUGUCUUUAUCUCUUGAUGAGUAGAACAUUAAAUAAAACCAUAUGACGACAACAAUAACAGUUAGACGAAAUAAUCAGGAAUAUGUUGUGCCUGCAAGUUCUUCUCAGGACGCGCAACCAUCCCCCUUAGCCCUUCUAGCAGCAACUUGUAGUAAAAUAGGUGAUCCUGCGACUGCCCCCGAGGGAGGAGCCACACAGAAUGGGGGUAAUGCAGUGAGAGUAGUUGGACAAGCUGGGGGUGCGGAAAUAGUUACACCAAACUUUAUACAGUUACCGUCGGGAGCCAUUGUAGACGCUAGCGGUAAACAGCAGUUUGGGAUCCCAGUUUCUAUAGGUCCUAAUGGCCAGAUUAUACAGCAAGCAGCCCAACCUCAACUGUUUGCAAAUGGAAAUGUACAGUACAGUGUUAUUCCUUCUUACCCUACCAUUGGCAUUGACAGCCAGGAUGGAUCUGCCAUCAUUAUUCCAGCUUCUCCCUCAGCAAAUAACACAGGGCAGGCUAUAUUUGCUGGAGGACAGCAAACUGUGUUGGCUGCCCCAAAUGGUCAACUGAUCAGGGCUCAAGGUCUCCCAGCCAACAGUGUCAUUCCAAACAUGGGAUUUGCUAACUUGACUGGGAAUGUUGUGAACUUGGGAGGGAAUUUAGUAAGUUUGGGCAAUGUCCAGGGUGGUCCAAGACCAGUUCAAGCUGUUCAACUUCAGUCACAAUAUCAACAGGUGCCCAAUUUUAUUCAGAUACCUGUCUCUAAUGGUCAAGCCACAGCAAUGCAGGCAAUUCAGUUACAGUCUUUACCGGGGUUUCAGAUGGUUCAAGGUUCUCAAGCAAUUACAACUACUGCUAACAGCAGUGGGCAGACAAAUGCAGAUGGAACACAGACUGUAUCCAGUACGAGCACAGUCAGUAUUGCACCUCAACCAACACAGCAGCAACAGCCUCAGACAAUUCAAAUACAACCACAAGUGCUUGAAAUCUCUAAUGUAGCAACUCCCUCAAAAGGUAGUGACAAUAAUAAUAGUAGUAAACCAUCUACACCACAGACUUUAACUAUCCAACCUAACCCUGUAACAUCCUCACCACCGUCAUCAACGACAGCACCUUCAACACAGCAACAUAACCAGACUGUGGUCCCUCAGCUCCUCCCUGCCAGCGGUUCUAUUCCCAUACAACAGAUGCCCACUGUUGUGUACAAUGCUGCUACUGGACAAUUAAUACCGAUUUCUCAAGGGAUGAUAGUGUCUAAUGGACAAAGUAUUGUGAUGAAUUCUAUGUCACAGAUGGCAUCUAGUGCCUCAACAUCAACUGUCAGUACUUCAUCAUCAUCACAGACCUCACAACCUGUCUCUGUGCUUCAACCAGGCCAGGUAAUAACCCCUCAACAACUUGGCCUUCAAACUAUUCAAGGUCAGAAUAUCCAGUUUUCUGGUGCCCAACAGCCUGGUCAAGUCAUCACUGGUACACCUUGGUUGUCUGCCAUUAACAAUUUAAAUGUGGGCAGCAUUAGGCCACCUAAUGCAAUUCAAACCAUACAAGUUCCAAACAUGACUCUACAAAACCUUCAAGGUCUGCCUGCAGUGCAGAACUUUCAAGGGAUACAGACAUUUCAGCUAACCCCUCAGGGGCAGUUAAUUGCAGCUGGGCCAACCCCUAUCCAGUCAAAUCUGGCCAUAAACUCCCAGGGGGCAAUCACAAUAGCAGCCCCUCAGGCACAGACUACCCAGCAGACCCAACCUGCCCAGUCUCUGAGUCCACAGAUGUCCCAACAGUACACAGCGACUGUACAAAACAUUCAGCCUGCACCCCAGCAAGCUCAGAUUAUCAAUGCAAACACAGGGCAGCCUGUAGCUGGAACAACCAUACAGCAGGAUCCAAAUGACCCUACUAAAUGGCAAGUGGUUCAAACCCCAAACAACCCACCUCUUAGUCCCACAGAGCAGGGAAUGGCACAACCAGGGAGGAGACUUCGGAGAGUGGCAUGCACGUGUCCUAACUGUAAAGACAAUGAGGGAAGAUCAGGUGACAACAAGAAAAAACAACAUAUUUGUCAUUACCCUGGAUGUAAUAAAGUUUAUGGAAAGACUUCACAUUUGCGUGCCCAUUUGAGGUGGCACUCGGGCGAGCGUCCAUUUGUGUGCAAUUGGUUAUUUUGUGGAAAACGCUUCACAAGAUCAGAUGAACUUCAAAGACACAGAAGAACACACACAGGAGAGAAGCGGUUUGAAUGUCCUGAGUGCCAGAAAAGGUUUAUGAGAAGUGAUCAUCUUACAAAGCACAGAAAAACUCACAAGAAUAAGAAUGUGCAAGUUGUUUUAGAUUCAAGUGAAACUGGGGAGGAGGGGGAGAUUGAAGGGUUUCCUGAGACCCUGACUGUGGAUACCGAUGAGGGAACCACAACAAUACAAAUGGUGGCAUAUACUGGACAACCCAUUCAGCAGGUGGAGGAGGGAUGAGAAGGGAUGCAGUAAAUUACUGGCAUUGCUAAAUUAUCAGUGUCAAGAUUCAUAGUCCUAGGCUGUGUGUGCAAAGAGGAGUAGUGACUGCACUGGAAGGAAUCCCCUCUCUAAUCCGGUCUCCUUGCUUUAAUGAUGAAGCUUGUUCAUGGAGUACAUGGUACUCUCUAUUUAAAAUUCAUCAGAAUGCUUCUUUCAGCUUGAAGGUGAAUAACGUAAUACCCAAGAUAAUGUGCAGUCACUUUAUUUUUCCCCCAUUCUAGCAUUUUAUUAAGAGGAUAUAUUGUUGGUAAUAUAUGUGUACAUUGGAUGUACAUGUUCUAAAGUAAGAUGUAUUUAUAAUGUGAUGUACUUGUUAUGUUGUUAUAGAUGUUGUGCAGCUGUUAGUAGUCUUGUAUUUAAAAACUUUUUUUUGGAAUGGAAUUUAAAGGCAAAUGAGGUAGGAUCAUCAUUGCUUUAGAAUCAUGGAAGUAAUAUAAUGUCUUAAAGAAUUGCUAUGGCAAAACAAUAGGCAGAAGUCUAGAGAAACUGCAUUUGAUUAUUUUCAGAAAUGUGAUUGGUUGUUUAUAAAAAGGAAAAGUUCUAUUAAAAAAAAAAAAAAAAAAACUUGGAGUUUAAAGCAAAACAUAUACACCAAGUUAAGAAAUUUUUCACUUUAACCUUUUUCAUUUAAAUAAAUGUUGUUUCAUCCAAAAUGAACUUCCUUUUAUGAUAUAUUUCAAAAUUAAGGAAGAGGACAAUUUGUUCAUGUUGUUUAUUUUUCUUACUCUUUAGGGUAGGGGUGGUAAAAGACCAAAUAUUGGUAUCUUUACUUAUAUUUGCAGUUGUAAAAGACAUUGCGAUAAAAAUACCUCAGUAAAUGAGCUUUGACAUAAUCCAAGUUUCAAAGUUCACAUUUUCUUUAUAGGUCAAUUCCACAUUUGAUAAAAUUAAACUUUUAAAGCCAUAAUUAUUAGUGAAUUUUUAUACUUUGACAUUAAUAAAGAAGAUAACAUUGUAAUCUUUUACACUUUCUAGCUCACCUGAGCAGAAGUUUCUUCUCAAGAACCACUGGGCCAAUUUCAACUAAACUUACCACAAAGCAUCCUUGGGUAAAGGGGAUUCAAGUUUGUUCAAAUGAAGGACCAAAUCUUCUUGAAAGGGGAGAUAAUCAAAAAUUAGUGAAAAUUAAAUGGCAUCUUUUAGAAAUCUUUUUUGAAGAAUCACUGGGCCAGAAAUAAUGAAACUUAUAUGAAAGCUUAUAUUAUUAUUAUUAUUUGUUCAAAUCAUGCCCACCCAUGGGUAGGAUGGAACAAAAAAACAGGAUCAAAGUUUAAAAUAGGAAUUUGUAGGAAAUAGCUUUAAAAAGUGUCUUCUCAUGAAUAGCAAAGCCAUGAUUAGCAGUCAUAUUAAAUCAGAAGCAUUCUCAGGUAGUGUAGAUUCAAAUGUGUUCAAAUCAUGACCUCCUUGGAGUAGGGUGGGACCACAUUUGACAAUCAAAGUUUUACUUAGGAUUAUAGGAAAAAAUCUCAAGAACAGCAUGGCCUUGAUAAGUCAUAUUAAUCAUAUUAAUAUGGAACAAGUUUGUUCAAAUCAUUAACCCCUGGGGGAUGGGACUACUUGUAUGUGUAAACUUUUCAGUGCUGGACUGAUUUCUGCUUUCCUCUCACCAAAGUGCUCAGGUGAGCAAUGUGGCCCAUAAGUCUCUUGUUGAUCCUUCUUAUUUCACAGAAUUUCUCAGAAAGGCUCUGCCCUAGUGUUCUGUUAAAGUGAUUAUUUUUGUACAAAUGAUUCACAAGUACCAGUAAAUGUAUUGUAGUACCAAUAUUAUACAUGUCUUGAGUCAUAAACGUUUAGAGUGAUCUAUAAUUGAAUCUCAGAUUAUGAAAUGUGAAAUCAAUUUGUUUGGUAUUGUAAAGAAACUGCCUUUUUUUUUUAAAGGGAUUUUUGAUUUUUUUUAAAUGAACAUUAUUGCAAGUUAUUUGCACAUCACAGAACAUUCAGUGCUAUUGUAAACUGAUAAUUUGUAUUCAUAUACAUGUGUAUGUAUUUUAAAGCUGUCGAACAUUUUGAUAUACAUGUAAUUUUAGCUCUGCACAGUUUUAGGUGUUUAAGUUUUACAUGAAAGAUUUUGUAAGGAAAGUUUUUUAACAUUGCUUCUGUGUCCCAAUGUAAAAUAAAGAAAUCAACAGCUCAG